UUUGUUGUAGCCUGGAGGGCUGAUGAUGUACCUGUACCUUAUUUCUAUUAUCUAUCUCUCAGCCCUACUUCUAUACUUCUCCAGACCUCGGCAUUCUCAACAUCAUAAUAAGAGCCAUGGGUCAGCUUUUCUCAGGCAGGGUGCAGCUGUAUUUGGUCUGGGUUCAUGUCUUUAUUCUGGACUAGAAUCUACAGUUAUCUCUGAGAGUAUUUUCACCUCCUGCUAUGAUAUUGUGGACGUUAUUAACGCCUAUCUACUGACAGUUUUCAUCAUACUUCAGAUGAUCACUGUUAUUUGUUACCCUCGUCUUAAUAUAAGGAUGAAGCACGGAUUGUCCCAUCUAGGUUUGAUGCAUCUUAUAUCAACAAACUCCAUAAUCUGGAUGAGAACUAUUGUAAAAGAGUCUAUAUUUGAGUACCAUGAGAUCAACGAAGAGAAUGGAGAAUCAAAUAGUGAUUGGUUAGAGAUGAAACCUUUAGACCUGGAACCCUGGAAUGUUGCUCAUAUGAGCUCCCAUCAGACUACCUACCCUACCAACAUAUCUCACCAUUCAGAAAAGACAUCUGCUAUUGAUACUCUGGAUCCAGACCAGGAAACUUUUGGUUGUUAUGAAAGCAGUGUUGUGAUGGCUAACAAUAUAAUAUACAAGGUGUUAAAGGAAUCGACUCCAGUUCUGUUUCCGUUUAUCAUUGAAUUCUCUCUGAUCGGCUGCACUAUGUUCUUCAGUAUGUGGAAGCACGUGGGAUUCAAACAAGACAGCCUCGAUAUAUACUCAUUAAACAUCAAGAGAUAUAUUCAAAAUAUAGACUGGUCGAACUCUUUGCGUGGAUUCCUGCUGGGGUUAUGUGUACUAGCUCUCAACAUUAUAAACCUGUCUCUCUUCUUCACGUUGCAAGAUGCCAGGGACAAUACUGAUGAAUAUAUUGCGAAGCUAAUAAAUACAUUUAUAAACCUUGUUGGAAUUGGUGGCUGUAUUGUUGCUAGCUACAAGAUACAAAAACUCAAAGAUAAGAAAAUAGAUGAUGGAUUUGACAGUGUCCUUCUCUCUCUCAGUGGGUUCUUCCUUAUAGUAUACUCACUACUGGAGAUCACUGUGGGGGUCUACGGAUUCCAGUCGAAAAGUACUACCAUGGUUCGUCAUUCGAUUCAGGUUUUCAAUGGAGUUCUUUCAACGCUUGCCACACUAGUUCAGAUUGUGUUUAUAAACCUAACUUUAACUAAGGGCACAGUUUUGGAACGAAAUGGAUCUGAUUCAACAAAUGAUUUAGACUCUGUAGAUGUAUCGGCUAGACCUGGUAGAAACGAGACUUUGUUCCUCGCAAUAUUAAACUUUUCACAGUGGUUGGUGUUCACAUUCGAGAUGCAGAAAAGCCAGUCGAGUAAAACAGAAUCUGAAUACUUUGGAAGAUAUGCUUGGGUCAUUAUCCAACGUGUCACUCUACCUCUUUGUAUAUUUUUUAGAUUCCAUUCUACCAUCCUUCUGAUUGAUGCCUGGAAGAAUAAUUAUAAAACUGAGAGUAAAGGGGAGUUCCACUAAAGGGAGUGUAUGCUCAUAAAUCAUAUAAAGGAGGACAACCACAAUUAGAGCAAAUAUAUAGUAAAUACAGUCCCUUUUUAUUUAUAUGUUGUUAAAGGGACUGUACACGUAAUUUCAAGUAACCCUCCAUUUGUAGAAGUGCAUGUCUGAUUCACAACAAUAGCAUUUAUCUGAUUCACAACAAUAGUAUGUAUCUGAUCUAUAUGUUAGAAAUGUAGAAAAUUUUGUCCGGAGUUUAAAAUGCUAGUUGAGCCGGCCCCUGAGCAUUAAUUCAUGAUAAACUUUUUUUCUUUAUUUUCUUUUAGUUAAAUCAAUGUAUUUUUUGUCAACAUUUAAGGCCUAAAUUAUUUUUGCAAAUAAAAAACAGAACUUCUUUUAAAUGUCGGCUUUGAAAUCUAAUUUUUUCAAACAUUGUAAUUGUAUAUAUAAUGAGAACGGUAAAAUCAGUAUUAAAAUGUUUUCUUUAUUUUUUGUUGUGAUGAUUUGACCAAAUAAAUAUAUCUGUAUUAUAAUUCUUGUAAGAUAUAUCAAAUGAAAAUAACUUAUAAACUUUGUUGGA